UCAUCGGUUUCUGCGAUGAAAUUAACACAUAUUUAGGCCCGUGGACGUUUGAUUCACACGCUAAAGCAAUGUCCAUCGAUUUCGAUAGCGCUGCCUUACAAACGCAGCAUGAUGAGGAGGAGGAAUAUGAUCAAGAAGAUUACGCACGGGAGCAGGAGCUGCAUAAGCUCCUGACCGACCUUCCAGAUGAUAUGCUGGAGGAUAGUCGUGACUGCUCUUCCCCUGAGCUGGACUACUCAACCUGCAGCCACCAAGGAGACAACAGGUCACAUUCUUUGAAUGCACACCAUAAAUGGUCAAAUCAGCCAGGGGCACCUCCUGCUGAAGAGGGUUACACCUAUGACAGCACAGCGUCGCAGCCAAACAGCCAUGCUGAUCAUCUCCGGGGUGGAACGGAGCAUUUACCCCAUGCCUGGGACCCACAUCAGGGCCAGAACUAUCAGUAUGAGUCUGACGACUGUGUCUACUCCUCUGCAGAAACAGCAGAGUCCAAUGGCAUCAAUACCUUAUCUACUGAGGAGGGGUAUGAACAGGAAGCUUACCCACACUCAGGUCUCCACCAUGGGGCAGAGUACCAUGGAGCGGAGGCUAAGGUAGAUGCUCAAGUCUAUGGCGAACAUGUGAAUGUCAUAAACCAUUUUCAGAAUUUUGAUAAUGGGAUAAGUGAGCGCAAAGCUGUUGACUGUUACAAAGCCACUUUCCGUCCACAUAAUCCAACAAGCCAACCAAAGAUGUUCAACACGAAGUCAUCUGCACAAAAUGACAACUUUGACCAGCUUCAAAGAGACUUUCUCGACUCAUCACCAAGUACUCUUGAUGCACAGGAGUAUGCUCAGUUGAAGAUUUUAAAUAAAGCUCAGUCUAGGCAGAUUGAGGACCUGGAGCAGAAUCUGGAGGACAGCAGGCGUAAAAUGAGAUAUUUGGAGCAUCAGUUUGCCAUUGUCAAAGAUGAAAAAGAAGGCCUGACAAUAUCGCUGAAGGAGUCCAGUCGUCUGAUAGAGGAGGCAAAAGAGAGAGAAUCUCAGCUACAAGGCAAAGUCAGGUCCCUAGAGCGGCAAAUCCAUUCCCUUACUGAGAGAGAACAGGAGAACAUGAAGAAGCAGCGUGUUGCAGAGGCAGCAGUAGACAGCAUGCAGCAGCAGAUGAUGGAGCUGUGUCGCUCAGACACGCUGACACGAACGCGGGAGCAGCAUGACCGAGACAUGGCUGCCAUAAGGGAACAGCAUGAGGCUAGAGUCCUCGCCCUUCAGCAAAAACAAGACUCACUUACUCAGAGCCUGGAAGAACAGGUGCAGGCGGCCCAGAGGCUGCGGGAGCAGGUGAGGCAGCUGGAGAGGCAGAGGGAGGAGGAGCAGGUGGACAGAGCUACAGUCAUCAAUGCCCUCACACAGCGCUUGGAGGAGAGCCAGCAGCAGUGUGCCAAGCUGCUUCAGACUGGGUCUGUGCAAGAGAUGAGCCAGAUGCAAAUAAAGCUACAGCAGGCACAAUCUAGCCGGAACAUCAGUGAGAACAUGAACAAAGCACUGCAGGAAGAAUUGAGUGAGUUGAAAGAGCAGAUCACCCUGUAUGAGUCUGCUGUCAAGCUUGGAGCUGUUUCUUUUGAUUCCAACACAGAGUGGGAAAACCAACUGUCAGAGUCUUAUAUAGAUCUGGGUAUCAAGAAAGUUAACUGGAAAAAUAGCAGGAAUCACAGCACUCCAGUAUUACCAGACUCCAGUCUUCCUAAGGAGGAUUUGGUGAGAGAGCUCAAGAUUGAGCUACAGCGGUGCCUGUCACAGCUGAAAACCAAGAGGCAGAAGAUCUCUCAGUUACAGGAGGAACUGAGGACCUCGCAAAACCGCAUGGAACAGCUACAGACCCAGCUAGAUGGAGUGGAGAUGAGGGCUAAAGACUCUGUGGUGAGAGAAAGCAGCCUAGAAAAGCUGUUGGAGCCAUCCAACACGGUUUCUCAAAAAGAGCUUAUAAAAUUAGAAGAGGAACGACAGAACCUGCAGAAGAGAGUAGAGGCCCUUGAGGUACGGAAUAAGGAGCUGAAGCAGAGUGAGGAGAAGGUCAAAGCAGCUAAUUCUGAGCUUUGCACCAAAAUGAGGGAGAUGAUUCAGGAGCUUGACCUGGAGAAACAGGAGGCUGCAGAGAGGUAUGAGAGGGUCCAGCAGCAGUACAGGGAUGAUGUGGUACAGCGUGUCCGUGCAGAACUCACACAGGAACGUACAACUCAUGUGGAGCAGCUCACUACCCAACAUGAGCAGCAAAUCAAGCAGCUGGAGUCAAAAUUGGCUGAACUCAGUCAAGAGGUCUUAGCAGUGCAGGAAUGUUACAUUUCUGUUUGCAAGGAAAAGGACAAACUUGAAGAAAACCUUCAGAGCAGGAUAGUGGAAGAGAAGAAACUAAGAGAGAAAGAGCUAAGGAGAAGAGAAGAGACUGAGAUGGCUUUGGAGAGGUUGAAAGCUGAGUUGCUCUCUCAGCACCAGGAGACUGUUACCCAGCUUGAAGCUCAGUGGACUGAAGAGAAGGAGACAGAGGUCCAGAUGCAGGUCGCCAAGCAACUGACCUCAGCCAAGCAGAGCUGGCAGCAAGAAAAGGAAGAGCUGGAGAAGAACUGGGAACUCAGACUAGAGGAAGCUAUGAAGGAGAGUCAAAAAGCCCAAGCUGCAGACACCCAGGAGGGCUCGUCUCAGACAGAUUACCAAGAGUCAGCAGCUCAGAUUUUCUCCAUGGAGCAGUUGGAGGCAAGGCUUGAUGCCCAGAGAGUGGCUCUGCAGCGAGAGGCAGACAGCAAUCUGUCCAAAGCAGUGGAGGAUGCACUGAGGCAGAAAGAGAGAGAACUGCAACAGAAACAUGUGCAGGACAUGACAUUACAGGUUGAAGGUGCUGUGUCCAGGGCUCAUGCUCGCUGGCUCCAAGACCUGACCAGCCUUCCAGAGUACAAAGCCAGCCAGCAGACAGAGAGAGAAAAAUGGGAGGCAGUACAAGAACAAAAUAUUCAAGAGCAAGUAUCUUCAGCAAUAAAAACAGCAGAAGACAAAUGGCAGAAGGCACUCAGUGAAAAACGCAAGGAGCUAGAGGACUAUGUGAAACGAAACCAAGAGCUUCAGGACCAGGUGCGCUCUCUGAACACACAGCUAGAACGUUCCAGUGAGGAGCACACUGCUCUCCUGAAAGCUGAGCUCUCUGCAGCCAGAGCCAUGUGGAGCAAGGACAAGCAGCAGGAGGUCUCCUGCCUGAAGAUGCAGCUGAAGGCUCAGCUGGAGAAAAAACUAGAGCAGGCUCGGGAAGAGGCCUUCAGACAAGGCCAGGAAGACCUACAGAAGACCCUGAGGAGCAAGGAGGAAAGCUGGAGGAGUCAGCAAGAGAUCAGGUUGCGGGAAGAGCAGCAGCAAGUCAGAGAAGAUGUUCUGGCUGAGAUAAAGGAGGUGCUGAAGGAGAUUCAGGACCUGAGCAGAGGGGGAGCUGAGGAGCGAGGCAGCAGGGAAGGUGGUCUAAGAGCCAAACUGAAAGACAUGUGCAGGGAUGCACUGUAUAAAGCUGUAGCCCACAGCAGGCAAGAGUGGGAAAAGAGCAGUGAGGAUAAGUUGAGACGUGUGCUGAAGGAAACCCAAGAGCAACAUGAGAAGGAGCUUGGUCAAAUACGUAGCACGAUGGCCCAGGGGAAGGAAGGGGUGUGUAACAGUAAGGGCUGUACUGAAAGUGUGGCCAAGCUCCAAAAGAAGAAUCAGGACCUUCAGAGGCAUCUGGAAAAGGCCUGCCGCCAGCUUCAGCACACUGUCAGAGAGCACAAGAGCACUUUGCACACCUUGAAGGAAGAACAUGAUGAAACCCUACGCAAAGAGAAGGAAGCCCAUACAAAAGCGCUUGAGAAGGUCAAACUGUCAGCAUGCAAAGAAUCAUGUGGUGCAGACAAUCAAAAUCUCCAAGCUGGCCUUGAAGAAAUGAAAGAGCAAUAUAUGAAAGCUGUACAAAAAAUCAGAGGUGAUAUGCUGCGUUACCUGCAGGAGAGCAAAGAGCGGGCUGCUGAGCUGAUCAGAGUGGAGGUCCUGAGAGAGAGGCAGGACACGGCCCGGAGGAUGCGCAGGUACUACCUCACAUGCCUGCAGGAGCUGCUGGAGGAGGGAGGCCAGACCACUGGGGCCGAGAAGAAAAUCAUCAAUGCUGCCAGUAAACUGGCUGCCAUGGCCAAAGUACUAGAGACUCCUGUAGCCAAAAAGAGGCUUCAGAGAAAUCAGAAUGUUCAAGAUCUCUCACUGAAUGCAGAGACUUCUGCUAAUGACCAUGCUGCCAAAGUAUCAGCUGCUGCCUCAAGCCAAAGCCUGUCUUUCAGAACUGAGUCCCGGGAAAAUUGCAAGAAUGAGCAAACCCAUCAGAUCUGUUCCGUCACUGAAUUGGAGUGUGCAACCCAAAAAUCCAAGCUGAGAGGAAUCGCACCUGCAGGCGAGGUCACCCAGCUGGACUUCAAAAAAUCAGUGAGGGCAGAUGGUGGUAAAGGCCCUGAAGUGACUAAACAGGUUACCCCAGUGUCUCCCCUCUUGUGUAAUCCUAAACCGCCUGGUGAUUUUGCAUCAUACACCACACAUAUUGAUGUUGUUAGCAAUGCUAAUGUUACAUUCAGGAAGCAGAGUAGAGAGAUGUACCUCAUGGGAACAGAAUCGGGAAAAGCCAAAGAGCGUUUGACCCCUCAGGUGGCUGUUGAGCCUUUCUUGAUUGAAGAGGCACCAGUACGAGACAAUGGCCAGAGCGACUGGAGUUUGUCCAGUAAUGGCUCCACCUUUACCAACAACAUUCACCUGACCACCUCCUACCCCAGCAAAAAUGCAGAGCCUGUGAGGCCGUUCUCUCUGUUGAACCCCUCUGUAGACGAUCUGGACUUUGGAAGCUGUUUAGGUGAUAACUCUGAUGUAACUGUUUACAAAGAGAUUGUUAAAAAGCCAUCGUAUGUGAAACCCAAGCAGCGUGCAGGCCUUAAAUCGACUAAGAGCAGAGAGCCAACCCCAGGCUCUGAGGGAGAGAAGAUCCAUAGACUAUGUCCUAAGAGUUUAUUCUCAGAAUUGAAAAUCUGCCAGCAGGACAGUGGGUUUGACAGCCCUUUGUCGCUGAUUCAGAAAUAAAAUGGUGUCUGCUUGUCUGUUCAAAUGUUUUAUCACUGUGCUUUGACUGAAUAUUCAUAUGUAUUUAUGUUUUUUUUUUCUUUUUUUACUGCAAUGAGAUUUUUAUAAUUAAAGUUUACUAGCCUGCUAAAACA